AUGAUUGACUAUUUGGGGACUAGAUAUGAUUAUUCUUCUGUAAUGCAUUAUGGACCUUUAGCAUUCAGUAAAAAUGGUAAACCAACAAUCGAACCAAAAGAGAAAAGUGUAACUAUCGGUCAACGUUUAGGAUUUAGUCCGACAGAUUUAUACAAAGUCAAUAAGCUCUAUAAUUGUCCAAAUUCAAACACUAAUCCACAACAACAGCAGACUUCUCAACAACAAAAACAGGCACAAUUACCUGUACCUAUUUCGGUUGUUUCCACUUCUGGAAGUGUUGCUUCAAGUAAUAGUAAAUGUAUAGAUUUGUUGAAUGAAUGUCCAUAUAUAGCUAAUAAAGGUGGAUAUUGAAGUUUUUAACAUUUUGAAAUAGAUUGGAAAAAUUCUUCCGAUAUCCCUGUUAAGAUAAAUUAGGAUUUGGAAAAUAAAAAGGGUUGGGGGGGGGGGGGGGGGGAUAUUAAGUGAUUAAGAAUCACACGAUAUCCUUCCAUAUCCUUAAUGACCCGGUAUCACUCCAAAUCCUCCCUAGACCCUCGAUAUGCCUUAAAAUCCUCCUCAAUCACCUAUCUCCCUCGUAUCCUCCUUAGUCCUACGAUACCUCUCCAAAUCCUCUCAUAUUCCCCGAUAUCCCUCCAAAUGGUC